AUGACGCUCGCCCAAGAUAUCCUUGACCUUUCCAACAAGGGACCUGCAGGCCUUGAGGAGAGUGAUCGCCUCGCCCUACUGCAGGCCUCUGAGAAGCUCACAUUUGCCCUGGAGAAUCCUUUGGAAAAGUUCCUGCGCUACUUCUUCUCUCUUUAUGACCCGAUCGUCAUCAUCAUCGCCGUCGAUCUCAAACUCGUCGACAUCGCCGUGGCACAUAAUGGGCCCAUCACUGCUACUGAACUAGCAGAGAAGAGCAAAGCAGACAUCAGACUGAUUGGUAGGACCUUCCAUUUAAUCAAUCUAGCACAAAGAAUCACGAAACGUAUCCUCCGACUGCUGGUUCCAGAAGUCUUCACCCCCACAACCACAACCAAAGCAGACUCCACACCAAGAUAUACUCCUUCUGCUUUUGGUCGCGCCCUGGCAACCGGCUCACCCCUCCGCAGCGCCGCCAUCCACUUCUCGUACCACUUCCGCUCAGCUGUGAAGUUACCCGAUUACUUCGCCGCAAACGGGUACAAACACCCUGUCGAUGCGCGCGACAGUCCGUUCGUCAACGCCUAUGGCUGCAAAGGCGAGACUUACUUCGAUUACAUGAACAAGCCCGAGAACGCACGCAUGUUCGAUGCAUUCAAUGAGACGAUGACACUCCGGAAGCCAGGCGAGCACGACACGUUCGUUGCAGCGUACCCCGUCAAGGAGCGCCUUGCCAUCAGCGAACCCUCGCGCGUUCUGUUCGUCGAUAUUGGCGGCGGUGUAGACCAUCAAGUUCGCAAAUUCUCCGAGCGUGCGCAGGGAAUGCAGGGCGUGUGUGUGCUGUUGGAUCUUCCCAGUGUGAUAGCGCAGGCUAAGGAGCUGCCAGACGGAGCCGUGACAGUCGGACAGAGUUUCUUCGACCCUAUGCCGCAGUCUUUGAAGGGUGCGAAAGCCUUCUAUCUGCGUAUGCUUCUGCACGAUUGGCCGGAGAUGCAGGCUGUUACUAUCUUGAAGAACAUUAUCGAUGCGAUGGCCCAAGACAGUGUGGUAUUGAUCCACGAGGUCAUUCUAGCAGAGACAGAAUUCGAUCACUUCGAUGCCAAGAUGGAUUGGCAGAUGAUGAAUUUGGCCUCUGGAGAACGCACUAUGAGCCAGUGGAAGGAGUUGAUAGGGAAGGUAGGAUUGGAGAUAAGAGACAUCUGGUGGGAGGAGGAGGGUACGAAAGGUAAGAAGGCCUUGAUUGAGUGCGGGCUGGCGAAAUGA